UGCAUAAAUAACGAAAAUUGCCAUGCGUAGCAUAAGACCGGCUGGACCAAUGAGCAUCGAACAUAAAGUCGUCAUAUUGAUUUACAGAGCAUAACAGAAGCAUAGACAGAACAUGUGCGUAGUAAACGAGAAAUUCCAUAAAAACGAAAUUUCAACCAAUCAAAUGCCAGUCAUGAGCCUCGAUCACCAAGGAUGCGUUCGAGAAACACGCUACUAGAGCUGAUAGUGCACUUUUCGAACAUACCCCAAGAUAGCAAACCUAUUAUUUUGAUGUGUAUCGAAUGUUGUGUUGUUCGUGUGAAUAUUGUUGUUUAUUACCGAGCAUAUAGCAAAUAAAAAUAUGAAGAAAGAUCAUGAUAAUUAUUAUGCGAAAAGAAGUGAAGAUGAAGAUGAAAAUUGCAAUAAUAAUAUACUUUACAAUAGAACUUCAAGAGAAGACGAUUCUCUGUUGGUGGAUGUUGUUAAAGGUUACCCCCAUCUGUAUGAUAAACAAUCAAGAGAUUUUAAAGAUAUAAAGAAAAAAAAUAAUUCAUGGGAAGAAAUAGGAGAAAUCUUAAACGCGACGGCUGCGGAUUGUCAGACAAAAUGGGCAAGACUACGCGAACGAUAUUCUCGUGAGAAAAAAUUACAAGAAAUGGAAACUAGAAGUGGUAGUGGACAUGUAACAAGAUCACAAUCUGCCUUAUAUGAGCAGAUGAGUUUUUUAUUUAAACAUGUCAAGAGUAGAAAAUCUAUAACAAAUAUAUCUCAUUCGACUACUAAACAAUCAAGUCCGAUCAGGAAGAGUGUAUUAACAGAAAAAUCGGGUUCCUCAAAUAGGUGUGUAUCAAGGAAUAUUGGAUCCACUCACAACAAGUAUGAUACAAUCAACAAAUCACCUGAAAACAUGUUGAAGACUGGAUUCACACCAGCAAUGGAAGUUUCUCGCAGUUCCUUAAUACAUUCCUGUUGUUCUGACUUUCUACCCCAUUCACAUAACAUUGAUAUUCCUGCUUCUCAGAAAAACAUAUGUAACCAACGUAAAACAUGCACUAUAAAUCCUAUAUCUGCAGAGGAAACAAGUACAGUUAAACAUUUAGAAUUGUAUUAUGAAAAUACUGUACAUGAAUCAAUAUUAGCACAUUUAACAUUUUCUUCUUCAGAAACAUCAUUAGACAGCAACAAUGAGUUUUCUGCACUGCGUAGCCCAGAUGAAUUAUAUAAUGACAAAGAAACAGUCUCUUUAGUAGAAUUUUCACAAACAUUAAAACAGAAAAAAGUUUUACCUGUCACAAAUUUAAAAAUAGUAUCACCUAAUAGAGAAAUAGUUUCACCGACCCAAUGUAAAAAUCGUAACACAUUAUCUUCAUCAUUGCUUGUUGACUCUCCUUCAAAGAUAGCGAACUCUGCAGCACUGUCUGUACACUCUUCCUUAUCAAAUAUACCGACAAAAUUAGCAAAGAAAGUUAAACGCAAAUCCACAGCAGAUGAUAAAAUAGAUGAUUCUUUUGUAAAAUUAACUUCAGCGGUAACAACUCAUUUCGAAAAAAAGAACCAAAAUACAAUACCUUCUGAAGUCUUACAAUUAGAUGAAGAAAACAUUUUUGGUAAAACUGUUGCAUGCCAAUUGAAAAAAAUCGCAGAACCUGAAAAAACUAAAAUAAAAGGGCAGAUAAUGAAAAUGCUAUAUAAUUUGUAA